UUGUGUUUUGACGUAUAAUAGCUAACUACUUUUCUUUUUGUUUCAUUCUUGGUAGACAACUAGCAAACGAGAGACGUUUCGGAGGACCUGCAUCUCGCCAUCCUCCAUACACCGGCGUCACAGUUUAUUAUUAUCUUGAAGACAAUCAAGACUGACACGUAUUUGUUGUUCGGGUCGGACGAUGCAUAUUCGGUUCUAAUAAAGGCUAGCUAGCUGGCUCUGGCUGGUACUUAUCAAAGCGGUUCAGUGAAACAGCCAGCUAACGGAGCUGCGAUGGAGGAGUUGAGCGCAGACGAGAUCCGCAGAAGGCGACUGGCAAGAUUGGCAGUGGGACAGACGUCACAGCCCGGCACCCCUCUCAGCACACCUGUGACAUCUCCACAGAGAGAGACCCCCCCUGGACCCCUCCCUGGACCCUCAGGUGUCGCACCCCAGCCCCUGCCACCAGCUUCCUCUCAAUCAUUGGGGCUCAAUGUACACAGUGGUACCCCUGCCAUGUCCCCUGUGGGCACCUCCGGGGUGGUCUAUGGUAGUCAGAGCAGCGAGGGCGUGAGCUCCCUCUCCAGCUCCCCCUCCAACAGCCUUGAGACUCAGUCCCAGAGUCUGUCCCGAUCACAGAGUAUGGACAUUGACACUGCCUCCUGUGAAAAGAGCAUGUCCCAGGUGGAUGUGGACUCAGGGAUAGAGAACAUGGAGGUGGAGGACAGCGAUCGCAGGGAGAAGAGGAACUUGCCUGAAAAGGAAGCCUCUGCAAACUCAGACGUCUCGGAAGAACAAGCUCUGCAGCUCAUUUGUAAGAUCCUCCGCGUAUCGUGGAAGGAGCAGGAUAGAGAUGUCAUCUUUCUCCCGUCAAUGGCUGCAGAGUUUCACCAGAACCCUAAAGAUGUAUACUCUGACUUUAAAGACUUGAUCGGCCAGAUCCUGAUGGAAGUCUUAAUGAUGUCCACCCAGUCCCGAGUCCACAACCCUUUCGCCAGCUUGACCGCCACCUCUCAGCCAAUUGCAGCAGCCAAAUCCCCAGACCACCGUCUGACGCUAGUGCAGCCCUCCAGCCAAGGUGGCAGCCCCAUGGGCCCCAGUGCAGGGUCCUUUGGAGCCAGCUCCCUGUCCAGUCUGUAUGGGUGUGGUAGUCCUCAGUCGAUGGCAUUGGAUGCAGCUAAGAGGACCUCCCCAUCUCUCCCCGCCCCUACUACACCCACUGUACCCUCCACACCCUCUACCCCACAAUUCAUAGUGCCCCCGAGCCCACCCGCUAGUGCUACUCCACGACAUAUACUCAACUCUCCAUCUGCCCCAAUGCCCAUCUCACAACGCUAUCGGCCUUACUCUGUCACCUCUCCUUGGGGGGCUCCUUCCCCAGCUAGUCCUGGUCAAAGCGGAUUUACUUUCUUAGGACCCUCUCUGAGCCCUGCAGGGCCCUCUGUUCCUCCUAACACCCCAGUUCCUGUGCCACCUCCCAGCCCCCAAUCCCUCUCCUUGAGCUCACCCAGGGUUCCCAACCAACCCUCCUCCACAUCCCUUUCCAUGGUGCCCCCUUCUCCCAGAUCGAAUACCCGACAGGCCGCCUUUGCUUCCAGGAUCCCACCGUCUAGCCCCUUGUCGGUCCUGUCCUUUGCCCUCUCUGACAUGUCUCAGGACAGCAGUGAUGACGAUUCUGAGGAGGAGGAUUUUGCACGGGUUCAGUUUGGGUCCAGUCUCGGUGCAUCUGGAGGAGUAAUGUCCUGCAAUUCAGCCAGCGACCGCUUCACCAUUGAGACUUGCAAAGAGACAGAGAUGCUGAACUACCUCAUUGAGCGUUUUGACAGUGUUGGCAUGGAGGAGAGAAAAGCUCCCAAGAUUUGUAGCCAACCAAAUGUCAGCCAGCUUCUCAGCAACAUUCGCUCUCAGUGUAUUUCUCAUAUUUCCCUGGUCCUGCAAGGCACCUUGACCCAGCCACGGAGCCCUCUGCAUCAGUCUUUGCUGGUACCUUAUCUGCUGUGUCGAAACCUUCCAUAUGGCUUUAUUCCAGAGCUGGUGCGCAUCACCCACCAGGAGGAAGGGGCCUUCAGUCAGAUCUUCACUCCCAUCCUCCAUGGGCUGGCUCUUGCAGUGAAAGAAUGUUCCUUCGACAGUGACAACUUUAAAUUUCCCCUUAUGGUAAUGAGACGUUGUCCUGGUCUGACCAAUACUGUAGUACCAAGCAUGAGUUGAGACUCAAUGUAGUUCAAGGAGGAUUUGCAGUACAAAAGGAAUGAAUGAGGUCCUGGGAGCCUGUGGGGGCAACCUGUCUGCUCAGUUGAUGGGACGGCUCUAGAUGUACAGCAUAUGUAUCGGUGUGCUUCAAUGUUCAAUAUGCUAGUGUUGCCAUUCUGCUGCUUCUCCUCUUGGAUGGAUAUGAUAAUCCUGUUCUUCCUACUUUGACAAUAUAAUUAACUUUUAUCUCACUCUCCAUCCAUGCACAAAGCAAUAUAGUCUGAUUUGGGCCCUCUGGGCAUUUGGUGUAUUCAAGUAGUUCAAGUAGUUGGCGUGUAUGAUAUUUUGUGAUGUUGGUUCUAAUUGUCGUCUUACAAAUGCAUCAAGUAGAUUAUAUAUUGAAGAAUCCACUAGGGGGAGAGUAAUCAAAGUACUUUUCAGGAUUGUUUUAAUUGCAAGUUCCGUUUCCAUGGCGCGGCUAUUUAACCUGAAAUAAUAAUAAUAAUAAUGGAGACGUAUGUUAGAGGCAUUUUUUAACUGGUUCCAAUCGCAGAAUAUGCACCGUCUUUAUCGCAGCGCAAGGAAUUACAACCGAGGUAAUGACUGCAUAGUUUACAGACAGAAAACAGUUUGAGAAUGAAUCUUCUUCUUCUUAAAAUGAACUAUUUUUUUUGCCGUAGACCACUAGAUUUUAUUGUACAUGUAACUGUACCGUAGAGUGGUUCUAAGAUAUUUGUUUACAUUUGGUAAACUUAUUUUCCUUCUGGUGUCAGUGUAAAGCUUAUACAAUUGAUUGGGAACAUGUGUCCAGCCUCUAUCUCCUCUCAGUCACUGUUGUACAGAAUAUAUCUCUCCCAACGCCAGAUACAGAGGUUCCUCCACGCUAAACUAUUUGGUGUUUGUCUCAUGUUUUUGGAUACCAGGUUAAAAUGUUAACGUUUCCCAAACCUGGAUUAAUUAAAGCAAAUCAGAUUUGGGGCAUCAAGCGAACAGAAUGUGGCAUUAUAUAUCGGGAUUAGAGAUGUCGCUGUUUUGAGUCUCAUAUUUAGCGUUCAAGUCUAUUUUUAGAGGCCAAAAUUGAAUUCAAAUACACGUUCAAGGCUUCUUCUGAGGGUUUGAGUUGCACAGUUGUGUUUCUGAGGUUCAAUUAAUGUAUACUUUAUAAAAGAGGUCUGUGGUGGAAAGGUAGUGAACAGUCUCCCCUCCAUGAUGACUUGGACUUUUAAAAAAGAGGGCCAGGUCUGAGCCGGCUGAGAUGGGAGUGCCUUUUUUCCGAUCAUAGCGCAAUUAGCAGGUCUAACAAAAACACUCAUCCGCGCUCUUUUAUUGAGGCCAUUUUUGUUUGUUUAUUUUUUAUUUGUGUUUGUUUAAUGCUAGAUUUCUUACAGAGCUGGGGAUUACAUCUUGUUUCAGUUUGUUGUAACAGUAGUCCACUGCUAGUUUUAUUAAAAGUGAAAACGUUUUACAUAGAUGUCACGUGUCCAUGUUGAUGUGUAGAGCAAGUAGAUCCAUAUUGUAUGUUCAAUAGAUAUUGUACUAAAUCAUUGACGGAUACACCUUUAAAAAGAUGUACAGUACAUUAUGAAAUUGCUUUGGCAGCAUACAUGGGUAUACUGUUAACGACCUAUUUGUGUAUAGUGGAAGGUAAUUUUGAACAGCGUCCUAUUGCCUGAGUUGUUGAGAAAUGAUUUUGAGGGCAGCAUGAAAUUCACAAGAACCAGAGUAUAAGCCUGUCGAAAUUCUCCGUUUCAUGACGUCAAACACUUAAUGUCCAUAUUUCAUCUGCAAUUUUAAAGUCCACCACCAUGGGUCACUGAUACGUGCACACUGAAUCAUGAGUCAAGUCUCCACUGGGACUCCACCACCUCCAGUUUUCUGGGCUUGGCGCUGUCUGACCAGCCCCCGAGCUCAGUGUAAGUUGGUUGAAUUGAAUGUCACUGCCUAACAAACUGAAAUGCAGCCAGACUGUUAUUACAAUAAGAUUUAAGGGGAAUUUAAUUUGCAUGAACCACAAGUUUGUGUACGUUCCAUGUGGGGUUGUGAGACAGGAGACGUGACACACUACUGAUUCUCAGAAUGUCUGUUUCACACGUCCACGACACUCCAGAUAUAUAUAUUUUUCUUUUCUUUUAAAAAUGUGCUCAACACCGAAGGUGGCGAUGUUUUCAGGACGGUUGAAUGCUUCCUUUGUGCUUGUUGGAGCUGCUCUCACUUUUCUACCAAUUCAAAGGCAAAUUGUAGUGAAGUUGAUGCUUGCUCAUAAACAAAAUAAAGGAUGAUUGAGAUGGGGUAUAA